GACGAAGAAACUCUCUCAACCCAUCACACCAAAACCAUAUAUUAUAUAUAUUAUAUAGUAUAGAUUCGUUCAGAUUCUCUCUUUUCAACGUAAAAAACUUCUUCAAAGAAACUCAGAAAGAAAGAUCAAUCAUAUUGAAAAAUUCCAAUUUCAGAUUUCCCAUCUCUCUCUCUCUCUCUCUCUGUGUGACCAUUUUCAUGUAGUUUCUUCAGGAGGAACCUGAGUUUGACGUGUAGUUCUCAGAGACAAGAGAGGAAGUGUGAGAGCUGAGCAAAAAGGUCCAGUUUGAUGAUCUGGGUGGUUCUGAAAAGGGUCAAAUUUUGAAGAUUUAGGGCGGUUUGGAUCGAACAUUUUAUUGGGUUAAGAUCAGAAAUGGGGUUGGAUUACUACAACGUAUUGAAAGUGAACAGGAAUGCCACCGAUGAUGAUCUCAAGAAGGCUUAUAGGAGAUUGGCAAUGAAAUGGCAUCCUGACAAGAACCCCACAAACAAGAAAGACGCCGAAGCCAAAUUCAAGCAGAUCUCCGAAGCCUAUGAGGUAUUGAGUGACCCGCAGAAGAAGGCUAUCUAUGAUCAAUAUGGUGAGGAAGGGUUGAAAGAUAUGCCACCAUCUGGCAGUGGUGGGUUCCCAUUUGGAAAUGGCAGUGGGGGGAAUGGGUUCAACCCCAGGAAUGCAGAGGACAUUUUUGCGGAAUUCUUUGGAAGUAGCCCGUUUGGAUUCGGUUCAGCAGGACCUGGGAGAUCUACGAGGUUCCAGUCAGAUGGAUCGGGGAUGUUUGGCGGAUUCGGUGGGAGCGAAAAUAUGUUUCGAACUUAUAGCGAGGGCAGCAUGCCAAAGAAACCACCACCUGUGGAGAGCAAACUGCCGUGCAGCCUUGUGGAGCUGUACUCUGGAUCAACAAGGAAAAUGAAGAUUUCAAGGACUCUGGUUAAUGCCAAUGGACGACAAGUGCCAGAAACAGAGAUAUUAACCAUUGAUGUGAAGCCUGGAUGGAAGAAAGGAACCAAAAUUACUUUCCCAGACAAAGGGAAUGAACAAUCUAACCAGCUCCCAGCAGACCUUGUGUUUGUGAUUGAUGAGAAACCCCAUGAUGUUUACAAAAGAGAUGGCAAUGACCUGAUUGUGAACCAAAGAGUGUCAUUAGCGGAGGCAUUGGGAGGGACGACGGUGAAUCUAACGACGCUCGAUGGCCGUAGUCUAUCAAUUCCGGUGACCGACAUUGUGAGCCCCGGUUAUGAGCUGGCUGUUGCCAGAGAGGGAAUGCCAAUAGUAAAAGAGCCCGGCAAUAGGGGUGAUUUAAGGAUCAAAUUCGAGGUGAAGUUCCCUACCAGAUUGACACCUGAGCAAAAAGCAGGACUUAAGCGUGCUUUGGGGGGUUGAGGAGGUGAUCUUCUUCUUCUGUGUGUUUUCCACUAGCUUGGGUGUCAAGGAAGCCCCACUCAAAAACUAAAGCUGCAUUCUGCUGAAUAUACCAAACUGUGGUGUUCCAACACUGGGAGAGAUGCCACCAGCAUGUUGAGAAAUGAUGUUCCCAAAUAGGUUUCUUCUGUAGUAGUUUACUGAUUAUACCCAACACUUCCCCUAUAGUUCUAUGUUUUUUUCUUUGCCUUAUGAUGAAUCCUCCAAUAAUUUUUCAUCUAACUGAUCUAUAUCAUUUAUCA